CAAACAACCCUCUCUCACUCUAAAACCACAAUGCCAAACCUCAACACUUUCUCACUCCUCUUCUUCUUCACAUAUCAUGUCACACUUUACUGUUACGCAGUUGAUGAUUUCAUCAAAAUCGAAUGCCAAGCCACCCCCUACCCCCCUCUAUGCAUCCGCUCUCUCUCCGCCUGCUCCGCCGCCAUCCACCGGAGCCCCGACCGCCUCGUCGCCACCGCUCUUUCAAUCUCCUUAUCUCAGGCGCAAUCCGUCGCUCGCUUCGUCUCGACUAAAUCUACCCUCAGGGGCCUUAAAUUGACAGAGCGUCGGGUACUGUACGAUUGUACGGGUAAUAUGGUGAACACUGUUGACCAGCUCGGCCGCGCCAUUAAAGAGCUCGCCGGUUUGCCUAUGGACUUCGGCCGGCGAGUGAAAAAUAUCGAGUCUUGGGUUGCCGCGGCCGUGACAUUCCACUACACGUGCCUCGAUGGAUUUUCGAGCCUUUCUGUGGGUGGAAAUGUCGCGGUUGUUGUAAGGGAAAGAGUGCUCGAUUGCGCGCAUGUUGCGAGCAAUUCUCUCGCUUUGGUUCGUCGUUUCGCGGCGAGGCGUGGGGUGGGAAGUUCGGUCGGGCGAGAAAAUGUCCCUUAGAGUCGGAAACUCGGAUUUUAAUCUUGUAAAUUAUUGUAUAUUUGUCUUGAAGUUUAAAUUUUGCGUAUCUCUAAUUUAAUUUUUCAAAGAUAAAAAGAAAAAAUAGUCAUGUUUAAGAUUUAAGUUACGACACGAGAAAGUAUUGUACUUCCUCCGU